CCUGCAGCAUCCUUCCGCUGGACUCGGCAUGAUCUCUUGUGUGUUCGAGCAACGGUAGCGCGGAUUUCGUCGUAAGCGUGUCGAUAUGUGUGUCAAUUUCUUGAACAUCGAAGAGGACGCGAGAGAGGGGUGUUGAGAGAUCUAGCGGCGUAUCAGAGGGGUUGUUAGUCGCGAGGACGAGCGUGUUCGCGAAUGAGGUCGCGGAGAAGUCAGGGUCCAGGAAUGCCUCAUAGUCAAUAUACGACGGCUCGCUGUCCGACAUGUUGAAGCUAUAGGUCGAUUGAUGUCGUGUCGUGCAGUCGUCAACAACGAAUCUUGGCGCGCCAGGGUCCAUUCCUUAUCGCUAUCUUAGCGCCUCGCUUAGCCUCAUCGACAAGCUCCCCGCUCCGGCAUCACAAGCUUUCCAUUCCUCACCCUUCAACAAUCCCUCGCGCUCAAUUGCCUUCCCGAGCCACUCAAGAUGCCGACCUCAAUGCCAUGCCCCUCCAUACGCAUACCCGUCGAGCUCCUCACCCAGUCCUCCUUCUCUCAAUUCGGCACCGUCAUCGAGAACCCCGCCCACUCCCCGCUCUCGCGCUCGCAACGCAGUCCACCUCCAAAAGCCACGUCCGCAAACCAGGGCUCCGCCCUCAAAUUUCUGGAUGUAACGCACCUCUCCAACCUCUACAAUCUCGCUCCAAGCAAGAAGUCAGCAAAAGCAGUAAUGAACAUGUUCGUCUGCGCGCCUCGGGACCUACGACCGCACGAACCAAGCGAGAGCAUGCCGAGUAGCUGGGGAGACCUAGACUUCGACGAAGACGACUACGGAAACAUGGAUAGAGAGCUGUUCGAUGUACAGAUACUGGAAAGACAUCCCUUCACCACACAGACAUUCAUCCCAAUGGGACUUUCUGGCAACGAGAGACAUACACAGUACCUCGUCAUCGUAGCACCAACACUCCCAGCUUCUGGGUCGAGGAGACACGUCGACCGUGCUCCACCCUAUCCAACGCCGAACGUCAAAAAACAGAAGUCGAUCAAGGACCUCUUUGCCAAGGCGAGACCGUCGCCUUUCACGAACGAAGCUGCGCCGCCUCCACCCCAAUUCACGCGUCUGCAUCCCUCAGCGCGCCCGAAAGGCCCCGGCCUCCCGGACUUAAAGAACAUCCGCGCUUUCGUGGCCACGGGAAACCAGGCCGUUACAUACGGAGCCGGGACAUGGCACGCGCCGAUGGUGGUGAUCGGUGAACGACCCAUUGAUUUCGUCGUGGUCCAAUUCGCGAACGGCGUCGGCAUUGAAGACUGCCAGGAGAUCACGCUAGUACCGGACAAGAACGCCGAAGAAGGCGUGGUCGUAAUGAUAGAUUCCGAUAAUUCAGGCAGGGUACAAGUCAAGGCUGGCGUUGGGUCGGUAAACGCAAAACUAUGAUGAGUCUUGUCAUGGUCUCCCCCGACGUUUUUAUUGUAUUGUCAUAACGUUCUUGUACAUUGCGCUUUGCACGAACAUUUUGCAUAAUCA